AAACUCAACCGUUUAUAAUAAGUGGCAUGUAAUUCUUUGUAGGUGUCCACAUAGUCUUCCCAUUGAAGUAAAGUUGGUUGAAGUUGUCCACAUUGAGUGAGAAAGUGGCCAACUAGCCCCCUCUUUCUCUUUCUCUCAUCAUCAUCAUCAUGGAACCAAAAGAAAGUAAAAUUAUAAAUCCAACAAAACAAAGAAAAUUAUAAAUCCCACAAAAGGUGAAAGGUGGCUAAGGAAAAGUAACUUCACACAAGCUAAGGGAAUUGGAUUCUAUGCUCUAGAGAUAGAUAGAUAGAUAGAUAGAAGAGAGAGAAAGAGAGAGAGAUUAGUACUAUUUGAGAGAGCCAACCAAGGUAGAAGAAUCAUGUGGUGCUGGAAAGGAAAGGGAGGCUAGAAAAAGAGCUAGAGAGAGGGUUUCCUCUACUUUGUUCUGUGCCUGUGUCUGUUACAGCACUUUUAGGAGUUCUAUCAAGCUCAGCCAACCAACAAGCCUGAAAAUAAAAUAGAGAUGCUGCCUCCUUGCUGGCGAUCGUUCUGGAAGAGAAGGUAAUGCUGCUGACAUGGGAAAGAAGGGGAGUUGGUUUUCUGCAAUCAAGAGGGUAUUCACACACUACUCCAAGGGGAAGGAUUCGGAUAAUAAAGGCACAAAAGAGAAAAAGAAAGGUCUAGGAAAACUAAAGCAUGGAGAGACCAAUUCUUUCAUCCCUCUCUUCAGAGAGCCAAGUAGCAUUGAGAAAAUCUUUGGGGACUUUGAAAGGGAGCAACAGCUAUUGGCGAUAAGGCCUCCCACUCCUCCUGAGAGACCCAAAACGCCACCUUAUGCCCCUCCAAGAGCUGCUUCUCCUAGAGCUCCUUCUCCAAGGGGUCCUUCUCCAAGGCCUCCAUCUCCAAGGGUUGCUUCUCCCAGGGCUUCUUCUCCAAGAGUUACCUCUCCCAAAGCUGCACCCUCCCGGAUUGUUCAUCACCACAAGGAGGUUGGCUACAGACCAGAACCAACUUUAAGGAACCAGCAUGCCUCAGCUACUAAGAUCCAGGCUGCUUACAGAGGUUAUAUGGCCAGGAGGAGUUUUAGAGCUCUAAAGGGGUUGGUUAGACUUCAAGGAGUUGUAAGAGGACAGAAUGUGAAGAGGCAGACAGUAAAUGCCAUGAAACACAUGCAACUGUUGGUGCGAGUUCAAUCCCAGAUUCAGUCUCGAAGGAUCCAGAUGUUGGAAAAUCAGGCACGAUAUCAAGCUGAGUUCAAGAAUGAUAAGGAAGCAGCCAGUACCUUGGGCAAACUUGCUUUAGGCCAUGGUUCUGAAGCAGGUCAUGAAGAGUGGGAUGAUAGCUUAUUGACAAAAGAGGAAAUAGAGGCAAGGCUGCAGAGGAAGGUGGAAGCAAUCAUCAAAAGAGAAAGAGCAAUGGCAUUUGCAUAUUCACAUCAGUUAUGGAAAGCCACUCCGAAAUCAACUCACCCCCCAGUGACAGAUAUGCGAUCAGGUGGAUUCCCCUGGUGGUGGAACUGGUUGGAAAAACAACUUCCUGCAGCAAAUCCACAAGAAAAACAAGUCUUGAAGAGUUUUCAACUCACACCUCCAAGACCAUACUCAGAACAGAAAACUAGUCCAAGACCUGGCUCCAGCACUCAAAGGCAACAGUCUCAUUUUGCCUUUGAUAACAUGGACACACCCACCCCAAAAUCCACAAAAUCAACCAUACUUACAUCUUCAAGACCUGCAAGAACUCCUCCAUAUAGAACUCCGCAAGCAAACAGCUCAGGCUCAAAAUAUCAAAGACCAAGGAGUGUGGUAGCUAAUUCACCUUUUGACGUGCCACUGAAGGAUGAUGACAGCCUCACAAGUUGCCCUCCAUUUUCAGUGCCAAACUACAUGGCUCCAACCCUUUCUGCCAAAGCCAAAGUGCGUGCUAGUAGUAAUCCUAGAGAAAGGUUUGGUGGCACCCCAACAAGUACUGAUUCAAAGAGGAGACUCUCAUUCCCUUUGGCACAAGGAAUUGGAUCUUUCAAAUGGAGUAAAGGGUUCUCAAGCAAGGAUCAAGGAAUACCAGAUAAAUUUCAGUCACUUGAAUCUAUAGGGAACGUGAGUGUGGAUUCAACAGUGUCUUUGCCGGCAAGGGUGGGAAGAAAGCCUUUUACAAGAUUUGUGUGAUUUUUUUUGUUUUAUUCUUUUCUUAACCAUUUUAUUUUGUCCAUGUUGGUGGUGUUAUCAGUUACAUUAUUAUGAUUAUGAUUUGAGUGUAUUGGUGAUAGUUUGACGACAGGUAUACCCGUUGUAAACUAAUAAUAAAAACAUAAUAGGAAAUGAUGGUUUGGUAACUUUGGUUGGUUGGAGUUUUCUUUUCUUCGUUCGAUGACAUUAUAACAUUCAAUUUAUUUGU